GACUGGCUCUGCAUACAUUUCCAUUCAUUUUCAUCUCCUUCUCUCUCUUCAUUCUCUGCUGCUGCUUUCUCUCUCUAGAAGUGUCCCUGUCGGACGUCGUCGUUUCGCUCCACCUUCGCUUGCUUCUUGUGGACGGGUGAAGCCUGGUGGGAGCUGGAGGAGGGACGGAGCUGUAAUUUCAGUGAGCUCCAGUGGUGAGUGUUAGCGGGUUUAUCUGAAGGCCGUCGAAUUAGUUGAAGUCGAGCCCUCUCGAUCGAGGGUUUUGGUCGGCGAGGUUGAGCAAUACUAAUGCAGAAGACAUAAGAACUUGUCAAAUUUUGUGCUGCAGCAACUGCAUUGAUAAAAACGGAAAAUGUUGGAAGGUCCAAAAUUUACAGGAAUUAUAGGCCUAAACAAUAACCACGACAAUUAUGAUUUCUCGCAAAAUUUCUAUCGCAAGCUCAAUGAGGGAUCAAAUAUGUCAAUCGAUAGUUAUGGGAGCUUGCAGAUGAGUAAUGGUGGAGGAUCUGUUGCCAUGUCGAUGGACAACAGUAGUGUUGGAUCUACUGAUUCCCACACUCACAUCUUGGGCCACCAGGGUCUGAAGCAUGUCAAUAACUAUUCAGUUGCUGCCAGCGUCAAUCACGGGAGAGUUUCUCAAGGACUGAGUGAUGACGCUCUGGCUCAAGCUCUGAUGAACCCUAGAUAUCCUACAGAGGGACUUGGUAAUUAUGAUGAGUGGACGAUUGACUUGAGGAAGCUUAACAUGGGGCCCGCUUUUGCUCAGGGGGCUUUCGGUAAGCUCUACAAAGGCACGUAUAAUGGUGAGGAUGUUGCGAUUAAGCUUUUGGAGAGGCCGGAGAAUGAUGUAGAGAGGGCACACUUGAUGGAGCAGCAGUUUCAACAGGAGGUAAUGAUGUUGGCAAGGUUGAAACACCCGAAUAUUGUUCGCUUCAUUGGUGCAUGCCGGAAACCAAUGGUCUGGUGUAUUGUCACGGAAUAUGCUAAAGGGGGUUCUGUGCGCCAAUUCUUGACAAAGCGUCAAAACCGUUCUGUCCCCCUGAAAUUGGCUGUAAAGCAGGCCCUAGAUGUGGCGAGAGGGAUGGAAUAUGUCCACGGGUUAAAUUUGAUUCACCGAGACUUGAAGUCCGACAAUCUCUUAAUUGCUGCUGACAAGUCCAUCAAGAUUGCGGAUUUUGGGGUAGCUCGUAUUGAGGUGCAGACGGAAGGAAUGACACCAGAAACAGGCACAUACCGUUGGAUGGCCCCGGAAAUGAUCCAGCAUAGGCCUUACACCCAGAAAGUUGAUGUAUAUAGCUUUGGCAUUGUACUGUGGGAGCUGAUCACGGGGAUGCUACCAUUCCAGAAUAUGACUGCUGUUCAGGCAGCAUUUGCUGUUGUCAACAAAGGUGUCCGACCGACCAUACCCAACGACUGUCUUCCUGCACUUAGUCAGAUCAUGACGCUUUGCUGGGAUGCUAAUCCUGAUGUUAGGCCCUCGUUCAACGAGGUCGUGAGAAUGCUGGAGGCGGCAGAGACUGAGAUCAUGACAACUGUCAGAAAGGCUCGUUUUCGUUGCUGCAUGAGUCAACCAAUGACUACAGAAUGAUUUAAGAAGAGAGUAAAGAAUUGGGAAAAGGAGAAGUGAUUUUGUGCCAAAGCAGCUUUGUGUAUGUAUCAAGCUUAAUUUCUUUCCUCAGGUAGAGAAAAGGGGGAGAAAGUUGAUGAUAAAAAUAUGUGCUUGCUUUUUUCUUUCUUUUUUUUUUCAACUGUCUGGAUUUAAGAUACUGAAUUUAGUGGUAAUAGAGGAGAUUCCAUGUGUAUUUAUGCAUUUCCCCUUGUGUUGUAUCUAAAUCUGCCCUUUUUAGUUCAGUAUCUGUUCAUCUACUAUACCGUGUUGCAUUCGUUA